CCUCUAAUGCUGCCUUUAAUUUUAGCCAGUGAAAGACUGAGCUUCUGCUCAUAUGCAGAUGAUGCUGUUAUAUAAUAAAAGGUGCUAAUGCACUUGGGAAUCAUUUUAAUUUGGGAUAUUUAAGUGAAGGUUUGGUCUUGUGCCGAACAUAAACGUCCCGUCUUUCCCCAGGGCUGUGACACUGACAAGGACCGACAAUGAGCAAGGCACCCUUUAAAAUUGAGAGAGAUGGCAGGACGGACGAGGAGAGGGAAAGGGACAAUGAAAUGAGAAAACCAGCUGUACAGUCACCAAUGGACACUUUCUUUCCAGAGGACCAGGCUAAUGUCCCACAUGAAAUCAAAAUCAACAUGAACGCUGUUGACAAACUGCUAGGGUUAAACGACCCACCAGUUCGGGAUGACAAGUUUGAAUGGAAGAAGCUUUUUGGUGCUGUUGCCAGCGGUGACAUCACUAGGCUUGAAGGCCUGGAGGAGUAUCUGGACACCUAUGACAAGACACUGAUGAGCAAAGAUUAUCAGCCUGAGGGGAAGACAGUCCUGAUGAUUGCUCUGCUAAACCUGAAAAAUGAAGAUAACAAAAUAGUGGAGUACCUGCUCAGCAUUGCAGAGAAAAAAAAUUAUCUUAAUGAGUUAGUGACUGCAACACGUACAGAUACAUGCCAUAAAGGACAGACGGCUCUUCAUAUAGCCAUUGAGAGGAGAAAGAAAAGAUUUGUUAAGCUGCUCAUUGAGAAAGGGGCUGAUGUCCAUGCAAAGGCCUGUGGGACAUUUUUCCAGCCACUUAGUGAACAAUGUUUCUACUUUGGAGAGCUUCCACUUUCUCUGGCAGCCUGUAUUAAUCAGGAAGAUAUAGUGGACCUGCUGAUGGAAAGAGCAGACGUGAGGCGUACAGACACUCUGGGCAACUCGGUUCUCCACGCUCUUGUGAUGGUGGCUGAUGACAAAUCGGACAAUAUAGACUUUGUUACUUCCAUGUACGACUUCAUUCUUGCCAAAGAUGCGGCUAUGAAUCCUAAUAUGGAGAAGCUGGAGGACAUUGAGAACAGUCAGGGACUUACUCCCAUCAAACUGGCUGCAAAGUUAGGAAAGAUUGGGCUGCUCAAACACAUUCUGCAUCGCGAGUUCCUGCAAGAAGAGUGCAGGCAUCUGUCCCGAAAGUUUACGGAGUGGGUAUAUGGCCCAGCAUCUGGUUCAGUAUACGACUUGGACUCUGUCGACACGUACAAGCCAAACUCUGUCCUAGAGAUAGUUGUUUAUGGCUCAGAAAUACCUAAUCGUCUAGAGAUGCUUCAGAUCGAGCCACUUAAUAAAUUACUGGAAGACAAAUGGAAAAGAUUUGCUAAAUGGAUAUUCCACGGCAAGCUUAUUGUGUAUUUAUUAUAUCUCAUCAUCUUCACAGCUGUUUCUUAUCACAACCAUGAAGAAGGAACAGCAAAUCCGAAAGGCCACCUCCUGCGUGCUGGUUAUGCCAUCGUGGCAUUCGGAUCACUCUACAUCAUAAUUGUUGUGCUGAUAGAUAUAAGGAAAAAGCGUCCAAGUCUGCAAGCAAUCCUGAUAGAUGGCUAUUCUGACCUGCUUUUUUUAUUGCAGGCUGGCUUGUUUCUGAUCUGUAUGGUGCUGUAUUUCUGUGGACACCAGCAGUAUCUUGCCUUCCUGGUGCUCAGUUUGGCUCUGUCCUGGGUUAAUCUGCUCUACUUCUCUAGAGGAAGUAAAAACAUGGGGAUCUACAACAUCAUGAUUCAGAAGAUUUUCCUAGGUGAUAUCAUGCGCUUCCUCCUUGUCUACGUUGUCUUCGUCGUUGGAUUUUCAGCAGCUUUAGUGACUCUACUCAAUAACCCCACAGAAGGACUGCAUUUGGACGCAGCCAAUACAAAUGUGACAGAAGGCUGCAAUGAACCCAACUUUAAAACCAUCUCAUGCACCAUUCUGCAGCUGUUAAAGUUCACUAUAGGCAUAGGCGACCUGGAGUUCACAGAGGAGAACAAGUAUAAACAUGCAUUUUAUGUGCUGCUCAUAUCCUACAUUGUUCUCACGUACAUACUGCUGCUGAACAUGUUAAUCGCUCUAAUGAGCAAGAGCGUCGAGGACAUGUCUGAGAAGAGCACCAACAUCUGGAAACUGCAGCGUGCCAUCACCAUUUUGGAUAUAGAAAGAUAUGCAAGCUGUCUGAAGAAGAAGUUUCGCUCAGGAUUGAGGAGGAACCUGGGCAAUACAGAGCGCUGGUUUCUCAGAGUGGAGGAAGUCAACUGGAAAAAUUGCGAACGCAACCUGGGCAUCAUCAGUGAAGAUCCUGGGAAAUGCAACAGAAUAAUGCAACCUGAAUCUUACAGAGAGCCCAGUCAACAGAGACCCAAAGUCCAGGCAGAGGAAGAGGCACUCCUGUAAUAAGUGUAAUUAAACUGGAAAAAGGAAAUAUCGUCACAUCAGUGUCACAUCAUCGCCGUUAUACUGUGCACAUCCCAGAGCAGCCUACAAACAUGGCUGCAUGACAAGGACUACACCACCCAGACUCUUGCAUGUUUCUAAUCACCAAACUACUGAAUACACAAAGUUCAGUGCACUCAAUCACCUUCAUAGCACAUUCCCAUGGUUUAUAAGGACUCUGAACACACAUGAUUUCGUAAAGUUUACACUCUGUGUCUUUUUGUGUCAGUUUACCAAGCUUUUGGAAUUGCUGUUUUUCUGGCUUGAUCUUGUUUACAUUCCUGUUUUUUGGCAUCGCCGGGUGUAGUUCAUGCUGUCUGAUUAUCGCAUGUCUGUUUUCAUGACCUAAGUCUUUUGCCAAAAAAUCGCAUUGUAUUAUUUCACUUACAUCCAACCUGCACAUGUCCAGUUAUUAUUUUCUAAUAUUAAAAAUGUUUAGGCAAUUAUGAAAUGCUGCAGGAUUUUGAAGACUGUUUUCUGAAACUAUUUAAAAGUUAUGUGUGUGUGGGGGGGUGUGUGGGGGUGGGGGUGGGGGUGCUGCCCUCUAGUGGUCUGGAGGGGAAGUGUAUCUGUUAGAUAUUGCACUCUGCAGGUUAGUUACUUAGUUACAGGAUGAUGUACAGGGUGGUUCUGAAGUCUUCUCUAAUUACCUAUUAAUACCAAAUACUUCACUAAUCCAUAAAAAUAAAAUAAAGAAAUUUCCUCAGGCCUGGAUGAGAAGAAGCAACCGGCUUUAUUUUUAUCAAGCCGAUCCUUAACAAAUAACACCAAAAAGGCACUCAAUUACACAGCGUACACACACGUUAAGGAUCUCCCCCACUUUCUGGGCCACCCCAUUCCAAAACUUUGUGAUUAGUGGACAAAGCCAGAGGGAAUGCAUAUAUGUACCGAUUUCACUCUGACAUUUGUUACACAGUGGAGAGUGAUUGGUAUUUAUCUUAUUCAAAUCCUGUGGGGAAAUGUAUAAUCUUAACAGUAAUUUGUAUUGCAUCUAUUGCAAGUGAAUAUGCAUCUAGUAGACUUGACUGUAUGUACCCAGGCAACAUUGAUAUACUCAGAAUUGGAAUCUUUCUCCCAAAUGCACCAAAUAUGAUCUAUACCACUGUGAUCCAUUUAAUGAAACAAAAUAUAUGCUUUUG